AUGACGGACCCGCCCGCGGGCGGGACGCCCGGCACGAUAUCGCUGCAGUGGUUGCGGCACGACGCCCGAAAGAAGGUGAUCGCGGCGCUCGGGCAGCGCAAGGGCAAGAAGGCGUUGGUGCUGGACGCGCGGUCCUCUGCGCUGCUCAACCUCGUCGCGGAGGUGGCGCUGCUGCGCGAGCACGGCGUCGAGGCGCUCCAUACGAUCGGGCAGGAGCAGCAGGCGGCGCCGGACCUCAGUCUCGUGUAUAUCAUCGAGCCGCUCGUGGGCCACUGCGCGAGCAUCGCGACGCACAUACGCGCGGCUCGGAACCUGGUGCGUCCGCCGGAUGGGCUCCUGGCGUCGGUGUUCUUCCUCCCGCGGGUCAUGCCGGCCUGCGAGCAGGCGCUCGAGGAAGCAGGGAUCAUGGGCGACAUCAGCGUGCACGACCUCGACGUCCAGGCCGUGCCCCUCGAAAUCGACGUCGUGUCGCUGGAGCUCGCCCGCGGUCCAGGCGCGUUCCUGUGCGGCGAGGACCCGUUCGCGGUGUCCGCCGUCGCCCGCGCCCUCCUGGCCCUGCAGCGCACAUACGGCAGCACCGCGCGCGCGCUCGCGGUCGGCAAGCGCGCCGUCGCAGUCUGCGAGGCCCUCGGCCACCUCUGGCGCGCCCUGCCUCAGGGCGAGGCGCACGCCGCGGGCGCAGAGGGCUUCACGGACGUUGUCGUCAUCGACCGCGCUGCCGACCUCGUGACGCCGCUGUGCACCCCGAUGACCUACGAGGGCCUCAUGGAGGAGGUGCUCGGCCUGAGGAACGGCGUGCUCGAGCUGGACGUCGACGGCGCGGGCGGGGCGGGGCAGGCCGGGGCGGCGGGGGGCGCGGGCAGCGCAGCUCGCGGAGGGAGGGCGCGGCUGGCGCUCAACUCGAACGACGGGCUGUUCGCGCAGCUGCGGGACCUGAGCUUCGUGGCGGUCGGGGCCAGACUGCGCGAGGUCGCGGGCGGGCUCCAGCAGGGAUACCGCGACCUCGCGCCGGAGUCGCGGUCCGUCAGCGAGAUGCGCGACUUCGUGCGGCGGCUCGGGACGCUCCCUGACGUGACGCGGCACGCCUCCAUUUCGGAGCGGCUGGCCACCGCGGUCCGCCAGCAGCAGUUCCGCGAGUUCCUGCGCGCGGAGCAGUCCCUGCUGGACGGUCCUGGCAGCGACUCGGUGCCGGCAACGAUCGAGGCGAUGAUCGAGGCCGGGGCGCCCGCGCCCACCGCUCUGCGGCUGGCGUGUCUGAUGUCGGUCGCGCAGGGGGGCGUGCAGCGCCGCACGCUCGAGGCGCUGUUCCGCGCCGCGGCGAUCUGGUACGGCCACGCGCGCACGGCGCUCGCGCUGGCGCGGCUGCGGCGCGCAGGGCUGCUGCGACGGCACGAGGGGGGGAGUCGGAGGGGGGUGUACGGCGCCCUGAAGAAGCCGCUCCAGCUGCUCGUGGACAAGCUCGACGAGCGCGAUCCGAAGGACCCGGCCUACGCGUACGCCGGGUACGCGCCGAUCAGCGUGCGCAUCGUGCAGCGCUUCAUCGCGGGAACGCUCCCCAUGGAGCUGCUCGCGUCCGCCUGCGGGGCCUGCGUGCUGUACAAGCAGGAGCGGGACGCCGCCGACCGGCUGCAGCUCGUGCCACAGGGCGAGGACGGCGGGCCGGAGACGGCGUGCUCGCUGUCGGUGAUGGUGACGGGCAUCGUGGGGGGGAAGCGGUUGCUGGAGGAGCUGGUGGGCCCCUAA